AUGACUUUCCCCGUCAAGGGCAUCGAGACCGUCGAUGAAAAGGGCGAUCCUUACGUCCGGAGAGAUAUCGACAAAUGGUACGCUGAGCAGGUUGACGAGAAAGGUAACAGAGUCCAGCUCACUCUCUUUAUGAGGGCGUUAGCUCUGAUCCAACGACGCGAAGUGAAAGAGGAACUGUCAUUCUUCCGCCUGGCUGCCAUACACUCUGCUCCAUGGUGCGAAUGGGAUGGUGUGCCACAGCCUCCCGACAAGCCACCCAACGACCCAGAAAGGAUUCGAGGGUACUGCGUCCACAAUGACUACACGUUCCCUACGUGGCACCGGGUCUACAUGAUGCUCUAUGAGCGAACUUUGUAUGACGCCAUGUACGAAUGGAUCGGUGGUAACGUUCCAGCCAAACUUCAGAGUACAUGGAAGAAAGAAGCCGACCAAUGGCGUCUUCCAUACUGGGACUUUGCGCGCAAAGCUGAUCGACCGCCAUCGACUGAUGACGCUUCUAAGCCCGGCUUCAGUGAUGACAUAUUGAGACUACCCAUUCUUUGCAUGAUGCCCAAUGUUCGCAUUACGGUGUUUAAUAAAGGAGACCCAGCCCUUGAGUCUAUACCCAAUCCGCUCUACAAAUACGUGAUGGAUGGGCCGAUGGGCGAUCUCCCUCAUGAUUACAAGAUAAUUGGAGAGGAGCAAAAAGGUUUCACAUAUCCAUGGGACAAAUGCAGUGCGACAACCAAAUACGGCAUUCUAGAUGGAUUCGAUGCCAGCAUCUGGGCUGAUGGAGGUCAGAACUGGCUUCGAUCCAACUACGCCCUUAACGAGCAUGCCUAUUAUGAUAAUAGUGGUUUCGAUGGGGAAAGGGAUAUUCCCACAGUGCAAGAUCUGAUUAACAGGUUGUUUACCUAUGGUCUUGACCACUGGGGGGCAUUUUCAAGCUCCCGCUACACGAGUCCACACCCGGAAGCACCAAAACAAGAUGGAUCUGCAGCCGUUACACUACCGAAAUUGAAACUUGAUGAGAAGAAUGUGAAGAAUGCGAUGAAUUUAGAGUUCAUCCACAAUAACAUUCAUAACUUCGUGGGAGGAACCCAAUUCCUUCGCCCAGACAAAGAACACAUUCAGCUCUGGGGUGCUGGUCAUAUGAGCAGUGUUCACAUGGCUGCAUUUGAUCCUAUCUUUUGGAUUUAUCACAAUAACAUUGACCGUUUGACUGCCAUCUGGCAAAGUCUGAACUGGGAAAAAUGGUUUGAUGAUGUAUUCAGCCAAGGGGCCAAGAACGACCAGUUAAGACCCUUCCACAAAGACUCAGCGGGUACUUUCUGGAAGUCGGAUGACGUGAGAGAAUGGCAGAAGCUUGGUUAUGACUACGAGAUUCUCAAGGGACGAGGCCAUGGCGAAGAACAUCGAAAGGAAAUCCUGGAUGAUAUUAAUUCGCUGUAUGGAAGACCUGUCCAGAACAGGCUUGAUAAACUUCCAACAGGCCCCGAUGGUGAAAACGAUGACUAUGUCAUCACUGUCAUUUACGACAAAUUCGCCUUGAACGGUGCACCCUACAAGAUCAACCUUUUCUUGGAUGAAACAGAGGCGUCAAGUGACGAAAAAUUCCGUGGACCCGAGUCUGAGGGCUUUGUUGCUAGUAUCUACAACUUCAGUGGCUCCCUUAACUCAAGCCCUUGCGGUAACUGCGAGAAGCAAAAAUCAGAAGGUGUCAAGUGCAUUGCGCAGGUUCCUGCCACUAUACCGAUGCGCAGCUAUUGGUCGAGGAAGGAGAGGAGCCCUGACCACAAAUUGCAGCCUGUCUAUCUGGCUUGGAACAAUUUUGGAACUUCUGUCAAGAUGGAUAUCGAGGUCGCGAUGCACAAGUCUUCGAGAGCAUAUUAUCAAUACCCGACAAGACCGGAACCCGGUCAUCCUUUGAGUUAUGAUCACAUCGCAACUGGAAGGCAAUCUGCUCUUGCCGGGACCUCUUUCCGAUAG